AUGGUCUCAUUCAAACUGCAGUCUACCAUCUCAUCAGAAUACGCAUACCUCAACGCACACAUUCUCAAGAACAUCACAGCGCAGAUUCCAUCAGUCUCGAUCUCACCCACUCUUUGGUCUCAUAUUCAAGAUUUAGAACUCGCCGACCCAGAAUUCUACAAGUCUGGCAAAAUUGACAUUCUCAUCGGCGCAGAUUUCUACGGUCAAAUUAUACGACCAGGUCUCAAAGCAGGAAGUUCAUCAGAACCGAUCGCUAUGCAAACCAUGCUCGGUUGGAUAAUUCUCGGCCCAGUUCAUGAACAAUCUCAUCAUUCACCUAGACUGUCUCAUCAUAUCAUCUCAAAUUCUCAACUGCACGACUCUCUCACCAAGUUCUGGGAACUUGAAGAAGUUCCAGAGUCCUGCAACGAAACUCUCACCGUCGAGGAAGCCGAGUGUGAAGCUCACUUCCUAUCAACUCAUUCUCGAGACGCAUCAGGACGAUACAUCGUCCAUUUACCAUUCAAAUCAUCAUCUCAGAAGCUAGGUGAAUCUCGUCAUAUUGCGCAGCGCUGUCUCAACCGUCUCAUGAAGCGUCUUUCUCAAGACCCGGAACUUCAAGGUCAAUAUACUGCCUUUCUCAACGAGUAUGAAGCAAUCGGACACAUGACGUGA